AUGGUAAACGCACAUUUAAGUAGCUCUGAAUUCAUGGAGCGCUUAGGACAGUUAUAUUCAGUUGGAGGUCGGGAUGGAAGUUCCUGUCUGAGUUCAAUGGAAUAUUAUGAUCCUCACACAAAUAAAUGGAAUAUGUGUGCUCCUAUGUGUAAGAGAAGAGGAGGUGUAGGAGUAGCUACAUGUGAUGGCUUUCUUUACGCAGUUGGAGGACAUGAUGCUCCUGCUUCUAACCAUUGUUCUCGACUGCUGGACUAUGUAGAAAGGUAUGAUCCAAAAACUGAUACAUGGACAAUGGUGGCUCCACUGAGUAUGCCUCGAGAUGCUGUUGGUGUCUGUCUCCUUGGUGACAAAUUAUAUGCUGUAGGUGGCUAUGAUGGUCAAACAUACCUGAACACUAUGGAAGCGUAUGACCCUCAAACUAAUGAAUGGACACAG